CAAAACCGAACAGCAAGAGGGCAGGGCGGCAAAGCUGAACCAGCCCAGCUCUAUCUGACUGUCUCUCCGGAGCCGAGAUUUCCGAAGGAUGGGCUACAGGGAAUCGUGUGCGCUGUGCUGGGCAGAAUUCUGGGAUUAUGAAACUCCCAAAGUUGUGGUGGUUAAAAACCGAACUUUAGGAAUAAUUUACAGAAUUAUCCAACUACUUAUCAUUUUAUACUUUGCUGUGUAUGUUUUUAUAAUUCAAAAAUCAUACCAAGAAAGAGAGAAUGCUCCAGAGAGUUCCGUCAUCACCAAGAUGAAAGGAAUUGCAAUGUCAAAUUCAUCCCUGGGAGUGAAAAUAUGGGAUGUGGUAGAGUAUGUUCAUCCACCAGAGGGUCGUGAUAUUUUCAGUGUUACUGUACGAACCAUAACCACACCAUUGCAGAAGCUGCAAUUCUGUCCUGAGGAUGACAGUGUUCCUGGAUCUAGAUGCACAUCUGACUCUGAUUGUCUGGCUGGAGAAAUGGAAUUACUAGGAAAUGGAGUGAAAACUGGGAAAUGUGUAACAUAUCAUGAUUCGAUAAAGACCUGUCAGAUUUAUGCUUGGUGUCCAGUGGAGAAUGGAUUAUCAAUAAGGGACUCUGUAUUAAAAAUGGUGCAGAAUUUCACCAUAUUGAUUAAAAACAGUAUUCACUUCCCCAGGUUUGGGUUUACAAAAGGAAACAUUCAGAAAAGCAGAGACCCAACUUAUUUGAGAAACUGUAGUUUUGAUGAAGGGACUAACCUUUAUUGUCCCAUUUUUCCAAUGAGCUUCAUUAUUGAAAAAGCAGGAGCAACGUUUGAUGAACUCAGCCAAACGGGAGGAAUCCUGGGAAUAAUUAUAAACUGGAUCUGUGACUUGGAUAAGGCAGCUUCAGAAUGUAACCCUCAAUACUCCUUUAGAAGACUUGAUUCUAUUUCCCAAGGUACUACCUCUUCCUUAGGAUAUAAUUUCAGGCAUGCAAAGUACUACAUGGAGAACGGCACUGAAUACAGAACUUUAAUAAAAGUGUUUGGGAUAAGAAUUGACAUUAUUGUUCACGGUGAGGCAGGGAAGUUUGAUAUUGUACCAACAGUUAUUAAUAUUGCUGCAGCCCUCACAUCUAUUGGAGUUGGUUCAUUCCUGUGUGACUGGAUUUUGCUGACCUUCAUGAACAAGAAUGAUGUCUACAGUGCAAGGAAGUUUGAAGAGGUUAUUAAAGAAAGGAUUAUGCUGGCAGUCAAUGAGCAUGGAGCUUCAGAACAAGAACUGAAAGCAAUGCAAGCAGAAAAUUGCAAACAUUGUUGAUUUCCAUAUUAUGUUAUCCAUCUUGAAGUGGGAUGCAGAUAAGGUAUACCAAGAAAGUUGAGAAGGAUCUUGGGAAAUAAAGUAGACAAACACCCUGAACUUUCUUGGUUUCAUUUGCAGGGUGAAAUGUUUUGUAAAUUUUGCAUUAUAAAACUUUUUAGGCAGGAGAUAAUGUUCACAUUUUUCAUUUUACAACAUGUAAGUCAAAUUAAUGCAGCCCUGAACCAAUUUAUGCUGAAACUGCUAUUAAAGUUCAAUAAUAAAUAUGAUGACAUUUUAAUUCUUCAGUAUUGAAGGGAUACUGUCACUUGUGCCAAUUUCUUGCUUUAUCAGCUAUGUAAGAGACCAGUACACAUUUUUAAAAGCAAAAUAUAGAACUUUUAACAAAUAUAUUAAUUGUCCAUGCUGCAGUUCCAGUGGUCAGAAUGGUGUAUCUAAAUAAUGGAUGCUUUGAAUUCUUAGUUUGUGAUAUACAAGAUUGAAGGGCAAGGCAAAAGCAGCUGUCCCAUUCAGCUUGCUCGAAACUUCAUACUGGCACAAUCAUUUGAGUUAGAUAUUUCCUACUAUCUCACUGCAGAGUCACGUAGGCAGAAUGAAAAACUCCUGGGGGUCAGUAAGUUGGAAAAAACUCUCCGGAAAACUCCUUUUCAAACUUCUCAGGCAAUUAAAACUGAUCUAGGUGGACCAAAGAAGGAACAGUUGCUAUCUGUAAAGAUACUUUGACAUAAUGUAAUCCAAGUCUCGUUUCCCCAUAAUGAUGUUCAGAGUCAGCAUCAGCAUAACUGUUGGCAAACUACUGCAACGCCUUUCCACGCCUCAGAAAAAGAACCACUUAAAAUCAUUCUAUUCUAAUCUUGGACUGUUCAAACUCAUGCUCCUCUCCAUUCUGUUAAACUGGAAUAAUCUCUCAAUGGAUAGGUUAUCCCACCCUUUACUGAUUCCAUAGGUUUCUAUCAGAUUGCUUCUAGGAUUAGAAAACUCUAGUGUAAUCAUAUCACAUUCCUUAAACCUAUCUUGUAUGGCUGAAAAUGAUAUGCUUUCAUUUAUAUUGAAUGGUUCUAUUAAUGUAACAUUAUAACUACCCUUAGCUUUAGCUGUAAAUUCAAGCUCUCUGCUGUAAAAAUUCUGCCCCUAUUCAGUUCAAAGUUUUUUGCAUCUGAACCAUAAACAGCAAUAGUUGCUUUCUGAACGUGUUUAUGGAAAUUAACAAGUAGCAAAUAAUGGCAAGGAAACAUAUUCUAGCUUCUGACAAGUACAAAUAAAUAAGCUUACUGAUUUUGGUUCUGUGU